AUGUAUUGUUAUGAUGUAAUCAAUCUAUUUAUAGCUCGAUUUAACAAAGACUUUAGGUGGCCCUCUUCAAUGCCAAAUGACCUUAGAGAAAAUGCCUUCUAUGACAUCGCUGAAGAUGGGCCUGACUUCGAUGCUGAAGUUGGGUUUAACACUAUAUUCUUCUAUGACACACUUAACAGAGAUGAAUUUAUUGAACAUGAAAAUGAGUAUGAUGAUGAUAAAUUGACCUCUGUUUUCGAUGCUAUACCAAGUGCUGUUCAACUUCAAGUUUAUCAGACAUGUUUGCCACAUAAUCCACUGAUAAAGAUGGUGAUAGUUCAUCGUACUAAUAAUGGUAACGAUUACAAGGUCAGAGUUCGUGUUAGAAGACCCAAUGAAAGUUUAAUUGUUCUUCUUCUAUAUGAUUUUAUUGACGUACAAGACAGCAACAAAAUGUAUUUGUGUGUGGUCAAUACAGGUGCUUCACAAACAAUAUUACUGCAUUAUGUUAAAAGAACGCUUAGGAGAAAGGGAUGGAGUACAGUUAAAGCAACUGCCGUAGGCUAUGGGGAGCCUACAAAACAACAUUUUGCAUCUCAAAUGUUUUGA